AUGAGACAAAACUUUAUUGGUAUGGUUGUUAGCAGCGCAAUGCAAAAGACCAUUAAAGUCAAGGUCACUUCUCAAAAGCUUCAUCCCAUUGUUCUCAAGACUAUCAAAACACACAAGAACUAUCUUGUUCAUGACGAGAACGAAGCUUGUAAAUUAGGUGAUGUUGUCCGUAUCGAAGCAUGCAGACCUUUAAGUAAACACAAGCAUUUCUCAGUUGCCGAAAUCGUUAGAAGCUCAAAGGAUGCUACCACCGCCACCACCACCACUGCAUAG